UCGAUCGUGAAUCUUAGAUUUCUAUUGAUCCAGAUUUUAUCCGAUCCGUCGAUUGAUGUUGAAUCUGCAUUUCAAUAAGCCGAUCUCGUCUCCAAAUCCAUUAGAAAAAAGGGAUUGGUCAUAAAUUUGCGCCCUCCUUAACGUUUUGUUUUACGCAUUUGCAGUAAAAGAACAUCAGCAAUUGUUAAUGAGUAAAAUGGUGUUUGCUUUCUUAUAGCUAAUCUAUUUUAUGUAUAAUCACAAGAAAUUGCAUACACAGUAAUAAUAAUAAUUGAUUGCAAAGUUGCAGCGGUAAAGUACUAUAACGUUAACGUUAGAUUAGUAACAUACGUUUUGUUGAAGAGGAACGGAACGUCAGUCAAUCGCAAACGUCAGUCAGUCAGUUUGACAUUGGCAAAAUUAACUUAAAUUAUAUUAUUAUAGUCUCAAGUUUGUUUGUUCCUUGGAAAGAAGAAAGUUAAAUAAAAAAUGGAGUCAGAGGCAGAAACUAGUAAAACUAAACCUCUUUCGAAGGAAGAGACGAAAGGGCUGCUCUCCUUAAUUGAGGGGAGCAAGAUAUUGUAUAACAAGAAGACCAAUGCCACCAGUAAUAAAAUGAAGAUAGAAGAAUGGACACGGAUUGCAGGGGUCUUCAAUGCAAAUAUAGGCACCUGUCGCCGUACACCACAACAACUGCGUCUUAAGUGGGAAAACUUGAAAAAGAAUUCGCGAAAGCGCAUUGGUCUCAUGCGGAUGGAACGGAUAAAGACUGGAGGUGGGCCACCAGGGUACUUUCCUCCAGAUGAGAUCCUGGACAGGGUAGCAGCAUUACUGGGCAGCACUGGAGAGGGUCUCACAGUGAGGUUUGGUGGUGAUGCUGAGCCCCAACUUAUUGGUGAUAGUGAUGGUGAUGGGAGUGUUGGGACAGCUUAUAUUGUGCCAGCUGAUCAUCCAAUGCUAUUGAUUGACACUCCAUUGCCUGUGGAAAAUCCUACGCCGUCCAUGGAUUAUACAUCUGUGUCCAUGGGCAAUGAAGUGCCAGCCAAUGGCAUUGGGGAUGAGUUGGUGUCGCUGGGUACGCCCAAUAUCCAUUCCAUUGAAAAAAGGAAUUUCAAAACUAGUGGUAAUAUCCUAUUACAUAAUAAUAAUGUGAUACUUUGCAUGUUUGUUACACAAUAAUGCUUUAUUGGCUCAACCAAUAUGGAUAAAAUUUUGGCACACAGGUAGACUAUGACCUGGAACAUAUAUGUUAGGUACCUACAUGAAGAUUGUGAAGAUGAAUAAACAUUAAAGUUUGUGAGGAUGGAUAUUUGAUACUUUUCCAUGCAAAAACUACUAAAAGAAUUUUGAUGAAAUUUUAAACAUUAUGUUUUCCUAUAUUUAAUGCAUUUUUGUUUUACAGGUGGUGUUAAGCGGAAGCUACUGAAGCCAGACAACGGGUGUCAAGCUCGAAACAAGGCAUUGGCAGAGUAUUAUAACAUUAAAAAACAAAUGUUAGAAACUAAAAUGAGAGAGAAGAAUGAAACUUUAUUA